AAAAAUGAUUCCCUUGACAAAUUCAAAUAAACUUCUCUAUAUUUCCAAUAACAAAAAUAUAUUCACAUACUCGUAUAAUCUAAAGUCGUUAAAAAAACAUAUUGAUUUUUCCAAAGUACCAAAAUUAAAUGAUCAAGAGCUUGAAGUGCAGUAUGUGAGAGGUGCCGGGCCUGGUGGUCAAGCGACGAACAAGACAAAUAAUGCAGUUAUGUUAAGACACACGCCUACAGGAAUCAUUGUUAAGUGCCAUGAAACAAGAAGUCAACAAAGAAAUAAAGAAAUUGCUGAAAAAAUUUUAAUCAAUAAACUGGAUCUGUUUUAUAAUAAAGAAGAUGCUGUUGAGAAUCAAGAAAAAAGAAUAAUGAAAGAUAUUUCAUUGGAGAAAAAGAGAAGACAAAAAAAACUUGCCGCUUUAAAAUUGAGCUUCAAGGAGCAGCACGAUGUAAAUAAUAGCUAAAAUAUGUUUAGUUUUUACAUACGCACUAGCACAUAUAUGUAGAUUGUAUUUUUCAAUAAAAAUAAGCCAUC